AUAAAAGUGAGGGGCUAUGAGUAAAGCGAACAGAAAGGAGACAGACACCUUUAAGAAAACAACAUAAACAACAGAAGCCAAUCAAGAUGAUGAUGAUGAUGAAGAACCCCGUCAUUCUGGUGACCUGUGCCUUACUUUUCUCAUCUCUUGCUGUCCUGGCACAUCAAGGCAGUUUUGGUCCAAAUGAGUGCUGUUUUCAGUUUAUCUCUUCAAGGCUGCGUACAGACCGGGUGCUGCGCUACGAAUACACAGACAAGCGGUGUUCAAUGGAUGGUGUCUUCUUUACGAUGAAGAGUGGUGCUCAAAUGUGUGCCGACCCAUCUCUGCUGUGGGUCAAGAACCUCAUCAAGGCCAAAGACAGGCUCCCAUCCAACUGACCCAAUGUGUGGUUUAACACCACACUUAACAGCUCAUUGAGCCGAGCCCAAGUGAUUUAGCUUCAUAACUUUCUCUAUUUUUAAAGGUUUUCUAUUAGCUUAAAAAUAAAUAUAAAUCCUCAAAUGACUUCUUUUUUCAUUAUCUGUUCUUUUGUGGGUUCAAAUGUGGUUUCAAUUGAUGUAUAUAAAUAUUGUUUUCUGAUAUAAUAAGUUUUUGUUUUUUUAAAUCGUACAUUAUUGCCUUAAUUUCUCUUUGUUUUAAUUCACCAUGUAAGACAAACUUUGAUCAGAAAUAAUGAAAUUCUUCACUAUUGUUUAAAAGGCUGUUAAACAGUAGUGACACUUUAGAGUUGAUGUGGUUUCUGGCAGUGAAAGCCACAGGAAACUCAGCUGUGUACCACAGGCUUGGCAUAAACAAUCACAUUUAACUCUUUAAUGUGAUUGUUUAUGCCUAUCUUUUAAUAGGUCCACGGUAAGCAUCCUUGCCCUUGGCCUAGUUUAAUAUGCAACUAAAUUGUAUACAAUGCAUGUAGAUGGGGGUCCCUGUCUGUCUCUCUUUCAGGUAAGUGGGUCCCUGCAAGAGAGACUUCAGGCACUCUAAUUUGCAGUUUGUGUGAUGCACCUCUGUGACCAGCAGAUGUCGUUCUUCUCUCUUUUCUCUUCUCUCUGACAUUCUAUACUUUUAAAUGUUUCAUAUUAGUUUCCAAAGCCAUGUUUUUUUAUUGCUCUAUGUCGACUGCAGCAAGAAUGAGGAAUUGUUUAAUCUAAUGUUAAUUGCACUCAUGAGAACAGCAGCUCAGUGAGAGCAUGUUUGAUGUAUCUCAACUCAGUUUUUUAUCAGCUAAACCAUGUGUAAUAUUGGAGUUAUGUACCAAGUCAAAUGUAACAACUUAAAGCCCUCCCAGAUGGCUUCUGUCUGGGGGUCAAUGCUAAAAUUAAACACACUUUGAGUUUAA